CUUGGCCAAUAGCAGUGGAGAGAGGCGGAAGUGGUCCGUGCUUAGCGUGGGUCCGGGUGGAAGUGGUGCUCUCGAUCCCACAGUUCCGACUUCCGUUCGCUCCCGCCGCCGCCAAGAUGCCGGGCGCGCCCGAGAAGGAGUCGGAGCUGUCGGAACAGAUCGAGGCCUUCGUGGCUCGGCUGAAGCGGGGCGGGGAGCGGCUGAGCUCAGAGGAGGCGGCGCGGCAGACGGUGGGACUGCUGCGGAAGAUCAUCGGCCAUGGGCGCUGGGGCAACGCGGGGGACUUGAUGGUGCUGAUUCGGAAGGAGGGCAAGAGGAUGACUGUAGCCCAGCCGUCUGAGACCACUGUGGGAAACAUGGUGCGGCGAGUGCUGAAGAUCAUUCGCGAGGAGUACGGCAGGCUCCGCGGACGCAGUGAGGAGAGUGACCAGCAGGAGUCACUGCACAAGCUUCUGACCUCUGGAGGGCUCAGCGAGGACUUCAGCACUCCCUAUCCCCCACUCAGGGCUAAUGUGAUUGAAGCUAUUAGUGAGCUGCUGAUAGAGCUGGAGGGCACCACUGAUAACAUUGCGAUGCAGGCGCUGGAGCACAUCCACUCCAACGAGGUAAUCAUGACCAUUGGUUACUCUCGCACCGUCGAGGCCUUCCUGAAGGAGGCAGCACGCAAGCGGAAAUUCCAUGUCAUUGUGGCGGAGUGUGCGCCCUUCUGCCAGGGUCAUGAAAUGGCCGUCCGUCUAUCCAAAGAGGAGAUUGAAACCACUGUCAUGAGCGAUGCAGCCAUCUUUGCUGUCAUGUCUCGAGUCAACAAGGUGAUCAUUGGUACGAAGACAAUCUUGGCCAAUGGUGCGUUGAUUGCUGUAAGUGGGACUCAUACCCUGGCACUGGCAGCUAAACACCACUCCACUCCCCUCAUCGUCUGUGCACCCAUGUUCAAGCUUUCACCGCAGUUCCCCAAUGAAGAGGAUUCAUUCUACAAGUUUGUCUCUCCACAAGAAGUGCUGCCAUUCACAGAAGGGGAGAUCCUGUCAAAGAUCAAGUGUUCAUGCCCAGUGUUUGACUAUGUUCCCCCAGAGCUCAUUACUCUCUUCAUCUCCAACAUUGGGGGUAAUGCACCCUCCUACAUCUAUCGCCUCAUGAGUGAGCUCUACCAUCCUGAUGACCAUGAACUCUAAGAUCUACUGGCAUGAAGUGCCUCAGUGUCCAAGCUCUUCCUACCUUGCUCUUUUGGAAGACCCAGCAGCUAAAUAAACCCAGGGCUGCAGAGAUGGGGGUGACUGUCUUCAACAGGAAGCAUCUGCAUAGAGUAUAAUGUUUCCACCCUAGCCAAGAGCAGCAGUGACAGAUCGAGGCCUGGUUUUGCUUCCAUCACUUGUAUUACAAGGCACAUGGAGCAGUUUUGAAUCUAUUUGAUGUUUGGAACCUGUUGUUGCCAUUCUUGUAUAUCUCCACAGAAGUUCUGGUUCAAUGAUGGACCGGGUAUAAAUGGAAUUCUCUGUUGCCACUAAGCUGCAUUACCUUAGUGUGCUACAAUAAAGACUGCUUAUAGUGA